AUGGAAUUUUUGUUUCUGCUACUGGUUGUAUUGCUUGGCUCAGCUCCAGAUCCUCGUAUCCAAAAUGAUUUUGCAAAUUUGGCCGACCGGCUGAGUUCAUCUCACUGGGAUCGUGCUCGCCUUUGUUUGACAUACGAUGAGCCACUUUCUCACUUGAUAUAUGCUGGUGCUGAUUUCAUUCUAGUUCCGUCGAUUUUCGAGCCUUUUGGACUGACUCAACUGACAGAAAUGAGAUAUGGUUCCAUACCGGUUGUUCGUAAAACAGGAGGACUAUAUGACACGGUAUUUGAUGUUGAUAACGACAAAGCUAGAGCAGAAGCACAAGGUCUUGAACCCAACGGAUUCAAUUUUGACGGAGCUGAUUGUGGUGGGUCGACUAUGCCCUCAAUAGGGCGAUCACGGCUUGGUACGACAGUCGGGGAUUGGUUCAACUCAUUGUGCAAGAGGGUGAUGGAACAAGACUGAUCAUGGAAUAGACCUGCACUCGAUUAUAUAGAGCUUUACCAUGCGGCUAGGAAAUACUACAAGAAAAGAAGCUGGUUAAGCAAGAAAGAUACUACAAAUCAAUGUCCAUUUCAUUAGCUUGUACAGCAUUGCCUUUUAAAAAAAUUCCUUUUGCUGCCAUAGUUUUAGCUCU